CUCGAGGCUCAAAUCGAAUCAGUGCAGUACCGGUCAGUGCGCGACUCCCCCACCCUGCCAAGAAAACUUCCAGCUUGGGGAAAAAGAGGAGUGGCGGGGGCUCUCAGAGAUCCUGGGGAGGGGCCAGAAUUCAUCCGGCCACAGGGGCCACAUUGGUCCCUCCUCUUCCCCUAUACCCGGGCAUUCGAGCCCUGAGACCAGUACUCAAGGGUGAUCCAGGCCUUACAGGCUCUCCGACCGCAGCCUCGGAAGUGCCCCGGAGGAGACCCCGCCAUGGAAGGCAAACCUCUGCUGAUGUCCCGACAGAGGACGGAAGUGGUGUGCGGGGUCCCCACCCAGGUGGUGUGCACGGCCUUCAGCAGUCACAUCCUGGUGCUGGUGACCCAGUUCGGGAAGAUGGGCACCCUGGUCUCCCUGGAACCCAGCGACGUGGCCGGUGACAUCGGCAAGCCGGUGCUCACCACUAGAGUCCUUCUGGGGCAGGACGAGCCUCUCAUCCACGUCUUUGCAAAGAACCUGGUGACGUUUGUGUCUCAAGAAGCGGGAAACAGAGCGGUGCUCCUGGCCAUGGCCAUGAAGGACAGGAGUGUGGAGGGGCUGAAGGCCCUGAAGGAGGUGAUCCAGGCCUGCCAGGUGUGGUGACCACGCCUGCUCCUCGGCGCGGCCAAAGGGAGACCCCGACACGCUCUCGAUUCGGAGGCCCUCCCCUGGCCGGUCCGCAGGAGGAACUGUCUGGCCUGGGUCCCCGGAGCCGGAAGAAAUACGCACACCUCAGGCGGACUCUUGGUUGGUUGGGUCGCUGAGUUACCCGCGGUCCGGUGGGAGCACAGCCGUGCAAUGUGUCUUGGGGGGCUUGUGAAUGGUUCUCAGCAGGGUCCGGGUAGUGGCGUUUAUUUGAGAGGCGAAAGAGGAGUCAUCAGGUAAGAGUCCUGGUCCUCCACACGCGGGGGCAACUGUUGGAGGACGGCUGUUUCUAAUAAAAAUAAACGCGUACCCUAAGCGACUUCA